UGUGCGAGAUGAGAGGGACAAACUUACUGGUUACAUGUUAUGUGGUUCUAGGGAUUCUAGCAUACACCAAAGCAGAAUGUUGGGGGGAUUCUAGAACCAACAGUAAAGGACACUGUAUCAUGACGAGACCUGUACAGUUACACUUACCCCGGGGGUCGUCCUAUAAACAGGGCUGCAUCACAUGUAGAUGUAAUCUGAGGGGAACACUAUUUUGUUGCAAUUCUGCUACAAAAAUCACAAGUGUGCCCAAGCACUGCAGGAUCGUUCAAGACGGGUGUAGACAGAGGGCGGUCAGAAAGUCAGACGGUAAGGAAUGUGAUGGACCAUUCGGCAUGGUUGGAUGAGGAAAUACAAGUCAUGUACAUUUCCUGUCGGACUUUAAACAUUUGGAAGUUUAUGUUUAAAUGAUAAAUUAAAAUUACAAUGAUUUAGAAUUAA